GCUUCACUUGGACAAGGAUGGGUAAGACAUCACGUGUAACAGAAUCUAAGAGAAGAUCAUGUCCUCUAAUGUUAAUCUCCAGUAUUGGGAUAUUGGGAUUAGGAAGACACUUUUCUGUGUAGCUUAUAUUUAAAAUGUAUUCUAUAAACAGGUGUUGUUGUGGGAGAGUGUUUAGGGUUGAAGCCCAAGAUGUGAGGUUACGUUACCCCUGAUCCCUAAAGAUAGCAAAAUGACACAGCAGACAAAAGUUUAGCAGCUAAUGCUCUCAGCAAAUGGGCAGGCCCAGUAGCUCCUGAUUAGAAGAUUGGUGCUUGGCUUGUGCCAGUUAAUACCGUUUUAACACAACUUACAGUUGGGGGUUGCCAGGGCACUCCUGGAAUCAUAAAAACUACAGCAUUGAGUCGAAGUUGUGGUCCAUGGAGUGUUUCUUUAUUAUAUCUAACCCCUACUAUAAUUUCUUUCACAAUACUAAUCUGACUGUAUGGUCAAACAACAGCCCACUACUCAUUUUUCGGCAACUACAUCAUGGUCAUUUAGACCCUUGGUGUUGCAGGAGUAUAGAUGCUGUCUACAGUCAUAGUUUGAAGGCACCAUGUUGCUCCACCUUGAUGAAAAAAAUUUCCCCAAAAACAUUGGGCUGGAUUUUCUUAUCAGAGUAAGUGCCUACUGAAUAGCUAUUUUCCAAUAGGCUUCAAUUGAGAAACUGAUAUUCAGCAUGCUGAGAAAACGUUAAGCCCUUACUCUACUUGGAGAAUCCAGCCCCUGAAGUUUAAAGAUCUGAAAGAAGUAUCAGAACCCAUUUUAUCUGAGAGAAUGCAAUGUUUGCUGUGCUGCCUAAUGCCACAUCUAGUGGUUGUCACUUCAACUGCCACUAUAGAGACUUCCUGAGUAAAGUCCUGCAAAGAUUGCAGGACUGACAUUCAGUGUCUCCACGCACUACAUGGAGAUGCUGAACGCUCCAUGUAGAAGUGCAUUGACUACUUCCAGGUGAAGAAGAGGCAGGGAGGUGCCUAAGGCAGACCCCAGAUAAAAAGUCAAACCAUUGUCAAACAGUUGGACUACUGUUUCAAGGGCACUACUGCCACCAUCAUCUCUACAGCCUCUUCCUUUAAGGAUUUUAUGAUUUUCCUGAACUAUCUGACAGUUGUUUACUAGAUUGGAAAUUGUUGGGUAUUCACUAGAUGACUGCAAAUUGUAGGUCAAACUUGUGAUCAGGAAAUGUAGCCAAGUGUGUUUCCAAUGGCAUUCAUUUCCUAUUCAAUCCUUGGCAAAUCCUGGAAAAGCAAAUAGCUGUAAAAUAAAAUAGUAUUCUAGUACAUUACAUUUUUUAUUUUAAUAGCAGACAGUCAGAUUCCUCUAAAUAUGAAAGUGGUAAUACUUGAUUGGUCAAAGACUUUGAUCCUAGUAGCUUUUACAUUUUGUGACUUAGUAGGGUUUGAUGAAAACUAAGCUUUUUUAAUUUCCCACAAUUUUGUGUUCUUUGUAGGGGUCCAAGGAAUGCAUGGAUCUCUUCUAUGGUUGGUAUUUGGAGGGACUUUAGCUGUUAUAUAUGGAAAUCAAAAAUCUGUGGCUCUCAGUCUUCAAAAUAAUCACCUUCCUAAUGGAAUAAACAAAGAUGACAUUCUGAAUUACCAAAGUGGAAGAAAUGGUGAGUACCAACUGCUAACCUAAUUAGAGCUGCCAAACCACUGAAACACAAAAUAAUUUUCUAUUAUUUUUAGAAAGUAGGGCAGAUCAAUAAAAAAGAACAAAUGGCAGUUGCUUAUGACUAUUCUUUAUUUUUAUCAUAGUCACUGGGGAAAUGUCCUUAGAGAUAAAUCAAUUUCCUAUUUUAUCCAGGAUAACUGAUAUUAUGGGCGCAAAUAAACUUUGUAACACAUACAAAUCAUUAUUCAGAAUAAGUGAAAUUGUAUAUGUAGUUCGUUCUGUUUUAAAAUGGCAUUAUAUGGUAAAUAUUUUACAUUUUAUUGGUUUUAAAGCUCUGUAUGUUCAGGAAAAAAAAAAUUAUAAUUUCUCCUGCAUGCUUUGCUAUUUUAUUGCACCAGUUUAUCUGUAUAUACACUUUUGCAUUUUAUAUUUGUAUAAAACAUUUUCUGUUCCGUAUUGAUCUUAUGCUAUUUAAUUGACCAAUGGGACAAUCUUUGUUAUGGGGAUCGUCGCAGAACUCUUUAAAGAUAUAAGACAAAAAACUGGUCACUCUACCUUAAGAGUUUCCCACUAACUAUUGUCCUUUUUGCUGAACCUUCAACAAACUCAAGUCCUAUAAUUAUCUUGUGAUGAUCUUUUUUUUCAAAUUUUUAGAUAUUAACUAUGUAUCUUUAAAGCAGAACUUGAACCUUCGCUCCAGUAAAUGUUAUAUCAGAAUUUACUGACACGAACAGAGCAGCAAAGGUAGUUAAAAAUCUUAUCUCUGCUGCACUUUGCCAUUUUGUCAAGAUUGGUGUCCCAUGAUGCGCUCGGUGUGAAUGUGCAUGCGCGAGCAAUUAGCAGAUAAAUGCCAUUUGUGCACAUUCGCAACUGGCAUUUUCUAUUAAGGAUCCAUAUGGAUGCAUACUCUGUUUGUUCGGCACUCCAAUAAUUACCUCAUUUGUGUACUUUGCCUGGCUUUGCCCAGCAAAGUAUCAUGAAUUAUAACUUUUAGUUACCUAAAAGGUUUUGCUAAAAUUAUUUUAUACAGUCACUUGCAAUUGGAACUUAUGACUAUCCUGGUCGAAUGUAGAGACUAAACAGGUACAAUAAAUGGCGUUAUAGUUUUGUGCAUCUUUAUAACCAGGCUUCUUAGACAUUAGUCUGAUACUUACUUAUUAUUAGAAAGCAUUCUUGAUCCGCAACAACUGUCAAGCUAAGGUUUUUGGAGUGCUGUCUUUUUGUCUUUCUUUUUGGCUAUAUUUAAAAUCUUUAUGUCUCAUUCUUAUAAAUAGUUUUUUUUUAUAUUUAAAUCACAAUGAAUGCUGGUUAUUGACCUUUCCUAAUUACGCAUUUGUUGCUAUUUUAACUGUGGGGCUUAUUUGUAUACUGAUAUACUGAAUACUUAUCAGACUAUUACAACGUGACAAAAUUAUUUUUGUCUUGUGUAUUUAUUGCAUACAUUGAGAAUAUUCGAAACAAGCGAUCUAUAUAAUUCUCACGUCAUAGUUUCACAUACAGCAUAUUUGAAAAACAGUCGGUCAUAGACUUUUAUGACAAAUAGACCAAAUAGGAAAUCAUGUGGUAGAGAUUAUGCUAAUGCAAAAUUAUUUUUUUCUUCACAGUUCAAAAUUAUCCAACAAGUUGCAAUGAAAUAAAGAGCAGUCAGAGUGGCCUAUAUAUGGUGGAACCAGUAGCAGGACGGCAGCUAGUCGUACAGUGUGAGCUAAAAUCAAAUGAUGGGAGAUGGACAGUAAUACAGAAAAAUAACCAAAAGAACCCAAGGCUAUGGGAAGCUUCCUGGGAAAGCUACAAAAGGGGAUUUGGAGACAUAAGAGAAGACUUUUGGUUGGGCAAUGAGAAUAUUCAUUUGUUGACGAAGCAGCAGUUGCACCGUAUCCAGUUCAGAUUGCGCACAUCAGCAGGAAUAGUCUACACAGCCAACUAUGACACUUUUUGGCUUGAAGCAGAAAGCAAUUGUUAUCGUAUUCGUCUUGGCCAGUACUCAGGAAAUGCUGGGGAUGCUAUGACUUCAGGGGAACCCAAUGCAGGGCAUGACAACAUGAGAUUUUCAACCAGUGAUCGGGACAAUGAUUUAUCAGGGACAAAUUGUGCCUACCUUGGAGGGGGUGGUUGGUGGUAUGACAAUUGCAGGUUUGCUAAUCUUAAUACAGGUAAAGGUAUUUACUGGCACCAGUUGUGUCGUGGAGAUUGCCAGUCAAGUGAAAUUCUUAUUCAGCCUGUACACAUAUGUGCUGAAUAUGGAGCAAUGCUUGUCAGUGAAUAUGUGAGAGAUGGAGGGGAUGAUGGAGUAGGUGAUGGUGAUGUUGCAAUAUUUAGGGUAAAAAGAGGUAGUGGUAAAAAAGAUAAGAAAGGGGGAAAGAGUAAUGGGAAAGAUAGCCAUGGAAAAGAUAGCCAUGGAAAAGGUAGCCAUGGAAAAGAUAGCCAUGGAAAAGGUAGCCAUGGGAAAGGUAGCCAUGGGAAAGAUAGCCAUGGGAAAGAUAGCCAUGGGAAAGGUAGCCAUGGGAAAGAUAGCCAUGGGAAAGGUAGUCAUGGGAGUGAUAGUGACAGUGGAAGUGGUAGCCAUGGGGGAGGUAGCCAUAGUGGAGGCAGCCAUGGAGGGGGUAGUGAUUCGAGAGAUAGUGAUGGAAGUAAUAGUGAUAUCAGCCAUGAAGGAGAUAGUGACGAGGGAAAUGGAGGAGGUGGUGAUGGAGGAAAUGGAGGAGGUGGUGAUGGGGGAAAUGGGGGAGGUGGUGAUGGGGGAGGUGGUGAUGGCGAGAUUGGAGGAGGUGGCGAUGGAGGAGGUGGUAAUGGGGGAGAUGGAGGAGGUGGGGAUGGGGGUGGUAAUGGUGGAGGAGGUGGUGAUGGGGGAGGUGGGGAUGGGGGUGGUAAUGGUGGAGGAGGUGAUGGGGGAGAUGGAGGAGAUGGCAAUGGAGGAGGUGGUGAUGGAGGAGGUGGGGAUGGGGGUGGUAAUGGUGGAGGAGGUGGUGAUGGGGGAGGUGGAGGGGGUGGUAAUGGUGGAGGUGGUAAUGGGGGAGAUGGAGGAGGUGGGGAUGGGGGUGGUAAUGGUGGAGGAGGUGAUGGGGGAGAUGGAGGAGAUGGCAAUGGAGGAGGUGGUGAUGGGGGAGGUGGAGGUAAUGGGGGAGGUGGUGAUGGAGGAGGUGGUGAUGGAGGAGGUGGAGGGGGUGGUAAUGGUGGAGGUGGUGAUGGAGGAGGUGGCAGUGGGGGAGGUGGAGGAAGUGGUGGGGGAGGAGGGAAUGUUGAUCCAACACCUAAUCCUUGUGGAUAA